AGAGAGAGAGAGAGAGAGAGAGAGAGAGAGAGAGAGAGGUGUGGACCCAUCCACCGCCCAUGAGCACGCAGUCCUACCGAAACAAAACCCAUCCUCGAUCUAUUUUUCUCAAAUCUAACCCUAACCCAACACUUAACAGCUAAUAGAAGACAAAGGAAAAGGUAGAGAAAAAAUAAGAAGAAGAAGAAGAAACCCCCAAAAUCAUCAUCAUAUUUUUCUUCUCCAAAUACCAGAAAAGAAAUUAACAUCAAGAUCCAAUCAUGAUGAUGAUUAUAGUACUGGUGGUGGAAGAUCGGUCAUGACACAUCAAAAUCUGCUACCUCAACUAUCUCUCCUUCUUUAUUAAUUUUACUUCUACUACUACUUAGCUAUAUAGUUGAUUUUGUUCUUCAUCAAAUUAAUCAUUCAUAUAUAUAUAUAUAUAUAAAUAUGGAUGCCCAUUCUCUUCCACCACCAUUCCACACAAGAGAUUUUCACUUCCACCAACAACAAUUCCAGCAACAACACAACUCUGAAGAUGAACAAACAGGAAGCAGCAUAAACAACCUCAUGGCCAAAACCCCAAAGAGAGAUCGCGGAGGAGGAGACGAAGACAACGACAGUGGCGGAGACCACUCCGGAGGCAAAGACCUAGUCUCCGGCUCAGGAGACGACCAAGACAAGAUGAUGUCAAGGAGGCCAAGAGGAAGACCAGCCGGAUCCAAAAACAAGCCCAAACCUCCAAUCAUCAUCACCCGCGACAGCGCCAACGCUCUCCGCACUCACGUCAUGGAGAUCGCCGACGGCUGCGACAUAGUCGACAGUGUCGCCACCUUCGCCCGCCGCCGCCAACGCGGAGUCUGCAUUAUGAGCGGCACCGGCACUGUCACCAACGUCACUCUUCGCCAGCCUGCUUCUCCGGGUGCUAUUGUCACCUUGCACGGUCGUUUUGAGAUCUUGUCUCUUGCAGGGAGUUUUCUUCCGCCACCGGCUCCGCCUGCGGCUACCGGACUGACUAUUUACUUGGCUGGUGGACAAGGUCAGGUAGUUGGGGGAAGCGUUGUGGGGACUCUUAUUGCUUCUGGGCCGGUGGUUGUUAUGGCUGCUUCGUUUAGUAACGCAGCCUAUGAAAGGUUGCCGUUGGAGGACGAAGAAGCGGCUAUGCCAAUGCCAGGUGGCGGCGGCGGAGGAGGGAGUCUUGGGUCUCCUACAGGUGGCGGAGUUGGGCAGAAUCCGCAGUUAAUGACGGGGGCGGAUCAACAGGCGAACUCUAGUGGUGGUGGUGGUGGUGGUGGUGGUGGACCACCAGGUAUGUUUCAUGGGCUGCCCCCUAAUCUACUCAAUUCUAUUCAAAUGCCAUCUGAGGCUUAUUGGGCCACUGGUAGACCACCUUUCUAAUUUAGUAACUCACAACUUCAACUACUACAACUAUAUAUAUACAUACAUAUGGAUAGAUAGAAAUAUCUAUAUAUAUACAUAUAUGAGUUGAUCUCAUCCUCUUCUUCUACUCCAUUUUUUCAUCAUCAUAUCAUAUAUGGCCUUCUUCUUUCCAAGAGUAAAAUUAUGCAUAUAUCUAGCUAUAUAUAUGUGUAUGUGUAUGUAAGAAGUAGUAGUAGAGAGGAGUUUCAUUGGGAAUGUCGAGCGCGCGAUCGAGAAAGUUGAAGCUUAAUAUGAUUAUUAUUAUUAUUUCAGGUUUUUUUUAAAAAAACAAAAAACAAGAUUUUUGUACUCUUUUUCAUUUUGUUUUUUGGGGUUUAGUUUCGUUUCUCAUUUUGAUGACAAGUUUCAGCUUGUUGAUUGAUGAAGGACUUUUUGUAUAUUUCAUGAUGAAUUUAUUAUAUAUGUCGAAUUAGAUUAUUUAGAGUACUACUAUUCUCUCAAACUUUAUUGUAUGUUAAUUAGCUUUGCUACCUCCAAUGAAUUAUUGUUUAUUUCUUUUA